AUGGGCAACAUUCCGUCGAGUCUCCUGGACGACCUGUCCGAGGGCACAAACUGUAAGUAUUCACCGCCGCGCACAUCUUCGACACAAACAGAGGCGGCGACAUCGACUUCAAGGAGUUUGUGGCCGGGCUGUCGAUUUUCUCGAGCGGCUCUGUCGACGACAAGCUCAGGUUCCUCUUUAGGGUGUACGACAUCGACAACGACGGCUACAUUUCGAACGGUGAGUUAUUCUUGGUGCUGCGGAUGA